UCGGCCGGGAGCGCGGCGCGGACGCUGCUCAGCACCGGGCGCCUGUCGCGGGGGCUGACGUUCGACCGGGCGCACGGGCGGAUGGGGCUCAGCCCCGGCGGGCGGCUGCUCUCGCCGGCCAUCCCCUCACAGGAAAACGCGAACCCGCAGACGAUAGCGCUUCUGCUGCGCAAGCAGUGGACGUUGUACAGUGUGACCCCUCUGUACAGGUUCUGCAGCGCUCACCUGAAGGAUUAUGGUAGGCUGCUCAGUGCUUUUAUCGCUGCCGAGAAGCAGAAGGGCAUGGCAGUGGAAAUCGGGGUCGAGCUGGACAUCAAAGUGUCUGUUUCCAGCCUUCCCGAGCUGAAAGGCAGUUACCAAGACGAGGCUGCCAUUCUCGUGCAGCUUUCUUCAAGAUCACUAGCUUCCCAAAAAAACUCAGAAGAGAAACUGAUAUGGUCAGGCUGGUUCUGCUGUGUGGCUGGAGAUGAUCUUUCCAAGAACGUGCCAGAGGACUUCACUUGUUUACCUCUGUUUCUUGCUAAUGGGGCAGAGAGUUACACAGCCAUCGUUGGAAGUUGGUUUCAGAAGACUUUUGACUGCUCCUUCCACCGUUUAGCCAUCAGCCCUCUGAACCUCAGUUGGAUGGCAGCUAUGUGGACUGCCUGCAAAGUGGACGAGAGUGUAUCUGCCCUGGAACUCGUUUUCUCUGUUCCCCAUCUGCCCUAUCCUCUGGAUAUUUCAUAUGCAAUUCAUCCAGAGGAUGCAAAAGCUUUGUGGGACACAGUCCAAAAAACUCCAGGAGAGAUCACUCAAGAAGAGGUGGAUGUCUUCAUGGACUGCCUUUAUUCUCACUUCCACAGGCACUUUAAGAUCCACUUGUCAGCUACAAAACUGGUCAAAGUUUCCUCAGCAGUUGCCUCAGCACACUGUGAUGGGAUUAUAAAGUUUCUACAAAGCCAAUAUGUAACUGGAGUGUUGAUGCUACUGACUGAACUAGCCAUCUCUCACAUACAGUGAGUCAUUUCAGCAAAUCUCCACACCCAACAGGUGUCUUGUUAAAGGAUGUAUGCUGAGAAACCAACUGGAAACUCACUCCUAUGGCAUCCGCUUUCCUUUUAUGGUGGCUGUCCAAAGCUGGACUCAACUCCUGCCUUCAACUCUGGCACUAGUUGUCAUUCAACAUCCUGCAGGGCAAAGACAAGCAGACACAUUGCCCCAAAGAAGCACUCAGUAUUCUAAUAGCAUCCUAGGCACUUUUGUCUCAGAGUCACUCCGUUUAUGUAUAAGAAGCCAGGGACUAGGAGAUAAACGUGGCAAAUUCUUGGAUCCAACUUACUGACAGGUAUUUCUGUUGUUUCAAGGAGCAAGCUGGCUUUCACUUAGCUAGUUAGCCUAAGCCCUAGCUAAACUGUGACUAUUCUUGGGUGAGUCUAAAGGCAAAGACAAGCACACCUGAGAACAGGUAUGUCCUCAACAACCCAGAGCAGAAAAAUUUCCUGACUUCCUUUCUAGCUUGCUAUGGCCAGCUGGUAAUGGUCACACAGUGCUCAGCCAUGUCCCAGUUGGGCUACAGUGAACAGCAUCAGACCAAAAACUGCCUUGGGUGGCUGGAGGUCUGUGUAUAAGCCUGAUGUUUGUAGUUUUGCAUGUGAUCGUGUAGCCAGAGAGAGCUCUCAGGGUUGGAGCUAUGGGGGCUCAAAUGUUAUGCUCAAUCUCUUCUUCUACAGCAGAUAGGAGUUCAGAGAGCUUGGCUCUAGCCUUGGCGAGCAGAAAGGAAGCAGAGUCAAUGCAUGUUAAGUGUUAUGAUUUUUGUAACUAAUGGUUACUUAUUAAAUAAUUCU